AUGUCUGUUUCUCUCCCACUGUCUGCGGUUGGGGCGGGGCGGCCGGAUGCCUUUGAACGUUUGGGAGCCCUGCAGGAGGAAUUGGCGAAAGUUGAAAGUCGACUGCGCGCCAUUCGCCCUGGCGCCGUUCCCAAACACACAGAAGAGGCCGAUCCUGCCCUUCCACACAUGCUCUCCGUUGAGUUAUGUCAACUAGCGGCCGUAGAUGAUACCGUAGGCGUGCGUAUUCUUCUUAACUGUGGUGCAAACGCCGAUAGCAGAGAUUAUAAUGAACGCACACCAUUACAUAUCGCUAGUAGUAAAGGGCAUGUACAGAUGGUGAAAUUACUUCUUGAUUUUGGUGCAGACGAUAAACUCACAGACAAGGAUGAUAAGACAGCAUUGAAUUUAGCAGAAGAGGGAGGAUAUGAUGAAGUGGUACAGUUAUUACUGGAACAUGCUGACCCAAAUAGAAUGGUUUGUGUUUGUGGUAAACCCGUAAACCCUUCUACCUACAGUCCUCUCGCACCAUCACAUCCUGAUUUUUCUCAGAUACCACAACCAAUGAUGGGGAGUCUUAUUGUCAUUAUGGUUGGUCUCCCAGGUCGUGGUAAGACAUAUAUUGCACGACAAAUUAAGCGAUAUUUUCAAUGGAAUGGGUUAAAAAGUAAUAUUUUUACCCACGCUGAAUAUAGAAAAAAACUUAUAUCUGAUGAAUGUAUUACUGGUUAUGAGAUUACUCCUGAACAGGAAUGUUGUAUUUCUGCUGCUAUCGCCCAUGACAUCACUCAAUUUGUUGCAGAAGAUGAUAGUGUAGCAAUAUUAGAUGGAACUAAUUGUACAUCCACACGUAGGAUGGCUCUAAUGAGUUCUAUUAAUAAUACUGGUCUUAUUCGUCCAAGUCGUGUAGUAUUUGUUGAAGUUAUAAAUAAUGACACAACAAAGGUACUUCAAAAUGUUAUUCAUGUAAAGGAAAUGUUCCCUGAUGCCAAGGAAGAUUUUAUCGAAAAGUACUAUGAACGUAUAGAACGACAAGAACGUAUAUAUAAGACUCUUAAUCCAGAUACCGACAAUGAUAUCACUUAUAUUCGUAUUGAGGAUCAAAUUACAUAUUCACUCAACAAUAUCUCUGGUUGGAUGCCAUCAAGACUUGCAUACAUGUUACAUAAUUUAAGUCAUUCUCCUGGUAAUUUAUAUCUUACACGUGCAGGAGAAUAUGUUGAUUUUGUUUCUGGUCGUAUUGGUGGAAAUUCUCAAUUAACAGAGCGUGGAAAAGCUUAUAGUGAAGCAUUGUUUGAAUACUUUGAAAAGGAAUUGAAGAUGAAUUCUUUUACUGUAAUGAGUAGUUGUGCACUUCGUUGCACAGAAACGGUACGCCACUUUGAAGAACAAAGUGUAUUUCAGCAUGGUAGUGGUAGUGGUGGUCCCAGUAGUAGUAGUAUGGAGAAUAAUAGUGCACCUACUGCUACUGGAGAAGAAGAAGAAGAAGGAAAAGAAAAGGGAGAAAAAGAAGGAGAAAAAACAACAACUGGCUUAAAGCUUAACUGCCGUGUGGCGUAUUUCCCCACUUUAGAUGACAUUAAUCAUGGUGACUGUGAUGGACAGUUGCUAUCGGAUGUUCGUAAGACUAUGCCAGGCACUUUGCGUCGCAUGCAGGAAGAUCCCUAUCACACCGCUUGGCCAAAUGGAGAAUGUAUGCAUCAAGUAUUUAACGCCCGUUUGGAGCCACACAUUCAUGACAUUCAGGCGAGUACACAGCCUGUACUUGUGGUUUCACACCUUCACUUACUUCAGGGUCUUUACUCUUAUUUUGUCUCGGAGAAUGAUGAGUUUGUAGCCCCGCAGAACGCGUAUGAAAUUGAUAUUCCCUUUGAAUCGGUUAUUAAAAUACGAUUGGUGGGUGUCAAUCGCGUAGCGGAAGUGAUUAACCUCUCAAAAGAAGUGGAUCGGAUUAUGCUGCAGCGAACAGGGAAAAUCACCUCAGCACCACAAAUGGCAGGGAUGGAGGUUUUUCGAAAGUUCUUUAAGAGAUAA